UGCAGGGCUCACGAGGAGACGCACGAUGGCGAUUACAUGUCGCUCGACGCACGCAAAACAAAACACGAAUCCCGCGAGAGUUGCCGAAGUAACCGCUCUAUCAGCCAAUACCAACGGCUCUACUCCGUCCCGAGAGAGAGAGAGAGAGAGACUGCGAGAGAUGCAUUCCCGACCAAAGGCUCCCAAAUCCUCCCGUUUCUCGACGGUCUUCCAUUUUCAUGCAAACCUCAUCCCUUCAGUGCAAUAACAACGCCACCCGUCUCUCCUUCUCUAAUCCAACGGCUACCAUCUUUCCAUUCCAUCCACUUCUCUUCAGGAAAUGCCAUAUUCUGAGUUGGUGGUAAAAAUAGUUCUGGUGUUGAAGAGGAUAAGUAUAUUCUGAAGUGUAUGAUGGGCUUUGAGAUUUGGGAAUUGAGUUUUCGAUAUUUUAAUGAAGUGAACAUUAGCAGAGUAUAACUUAUAUCUUCGUUUCAUUUGUCUUCUCAGAUUUAUUUCGCUGUUGGGUAGUCCUAGCAUCAGGGGGUUUAGUACUCUGAAAAAUCAUGGCGUAUAGUUAAAAUGACCAAUCCAAGAUCUGAUUAAUGUUGUGAUAUGGAGUUUAUCAGGAGGUGAUGUCUUAACUCGUUCGCAAUUUGCUUGUAGAAGUUUUUGGGGUUUUGGGCUAGUAAUGUUUUCUAUGCUAGCUGGUGGUUGCCACUUUAAAGGAUUGCUUACAAUUAGCGGUUUCGAAGACGGCGAGUUUCUUUUAUAGCGGCACUACAAUUAGCUCUUUCCAAGACAGCAAUUUUCUUUUAUAGCGGCAUUAAGUAAAUAACUAAAUAUACAAAGCUUUGAGUUUGACCGGAGAAACAUGUGGAUUUUAUUGUUUUAAGGUUUGCCUUAGCUAUACAAUAGAUUUUGGAGAGGCUCUAGCUUUGAACGGUAAGUAUUCGUUCAGGUUAUGAAUCUGUUGUCAGGAAGAAUUGGCGUUAUUUUUUAGUUUUGAUAUAGCCUCUGAUCUUGGUAGCUCAAAAUGUCUGCUUCCCCAACCCAUGCUCCGGAGAGUGGUGCAAAGGGGGUGGGGGCUCCCGAGAAGAUCGUGUUCUUACAUGGUGAUUUGGAUCUGUGGAUUUAUGAAGCCAAAUCGCUUCCAAAUAUGGAUUUGAUGUCUGAGAGGAUGAGAAGAUGUUUUACUAUGUUUGGGUCUUGUAAAUCACCAUUUGGGAAUAAAGACAAACAAAGAAGCAGGCAUGCUAUUAUUACCAGUGAUCCUUACGUAUCUGUUUGUCUGGCGGGAGCGACAAUCGCACAAACUAGAGUAAUCGCCAACUGUGAGGAUCCAACUUGGGAAGAACAUUUCUUUGUACCAGUGGCCCACCCUGUUGCAAGAGUGGAGUUUCAGGUCAAGGAUAAUGAUAUUCUUGGAGCCCAGCUUAUUGGGAUAGUGUCGAUACCUGUAGAGACAAUCCUAUCCGGAAAUAUGGUCAAAGGUUGGUUCCCCGUGGUUGGCCCUUAUGGGAAUUCCAUGAAACAACAGCCGGAGUUGUAUCUGUCGUUGAAGUUUAGGCCUUUUGAAAACAACCCCUUGUAUAAAGAUGGUGUUGGUGCUGGGCCUGAGUACUCGGGGGUGCCCAAUACAUACUUCCCGCUUCGCACAGGAGGUAAAGUCACGCUUUAUCAAGAUGCUCACGUUCCUGAUGAGAUGCUUCCUGAGAUUCAGCUAGAUAAUGGACGGGUUUUUCGUCAAGGUAAGUGUUGGGAAGACAUCUGCCAUGCCAUAUUGGAAGCUCAUCACCUUAUCUAUAUUGUUGGGUGGUCAAUUUAUCACCGUGUGAAGCUUGUAAGGGAGCCAUCUAAGCCGUUACCCAGUGGAGGAGAACUAUCCCUUGGGGAUUUGUUGAAGUACAAAUCAGCAGAAGGCGUUCGCGUAAUUUUGCUAAUUUGGGAUGACAAAACCUCACAUGACAGAUUCCUCUUGAAGACGGAAGGUGUUAUGCAAACUCACGAUGAAGAAACUCGGAAGUUUUUUAAACACUCGACCGUCCAUUGCGUGCUUUGUCCUCGUUAUGCCAGCAACAAGCUUAGUAUCUUCAAGCAACAGGUUGUAGGAACCUUAUUUACGCACCAUCAGAAGUGUGUGCUUCUCGACACACAAGCAUCUGGAAAUAACAGGAAAAUAACUGCUUUCAUCGGCGGUCUGGAUCUCUGUGACGGUCGAUAUGACACUCCUGAACACAGGCUCUUUCAAGAUCUUAGCACUGUCUUUGCGGGCGACUUUCAUAAUCCUACAUUUCCAGCUCGUGCCCGGUGUCCUAGACAGCCAUGGCAUGAUUUACAUUGCAAGAUAGAAGGCCCUGCUGCUUAUGAUGUAAUGACAAAUUUUGAACAGCGGUGGAGAAAGGCUACAAAAUGGCGAGAAUUCAGGCUUAAAAAGGUCACGCAUUGGCAUGAUGAUGCUUUACUAAAGCUAGAUCGUAUUUCAUGGAUAGUUACUCCAUCUUCCUCUACUUCUAAGGAUGAUGGUUGCAUGCAUGUUAAAAAUGAAGACGAUCCUGAAAAUUGGCAUGUGCAGGUAUUCCGAUCAAUUGAUUCUGGAUCUGUUAAAGGAUUCCCAAAAUCUGUUCAAGAAGCCGAGGAAAAGAAUCUUGUCUGUGGAAAGAACUUGAAAAUCGACAGGAGUAUCCACUCAGCUUAUGUGAAUGCGAUAAGAUCUGCGCAACAUUUCAUAUACAUAGAGAACCAGUACUUCCUUGGAUCUUCUUACUACUGGCCAUCAUACAAAAAUGCAGGUGCGGAUAAUUUAGUGCCUAUGGAACUGGCCCUGAAAAUUGCUAGCAAAAUAAGCGCAAAUGAACGUUUUGCAGUGUAUGUAGUGCUACCAAUGUGGCCGGAAGGUGUCCCAAGUAGUGGUGCUGUUCAGGAAAUUCUCUUUUGGCAGGGGCAAACAAUGGAAAUGAUGUAUAGAAUUGUUGCACAAGCAAUUCAGAAAGCGGGCCUUUCAAAUAAAAGUCACCCGCAGGACUAUUUGAACUUUUACUGUCUUGGAAAGCGUGAAAUUGGUCAGCUUGAAAGAUCAGACUCAUCAACUAGCAACAGUGAAAGCAAUGCUUCGGGCAUGGCUCAAAAGUUCAGAAGAUUUAUGAUUUACGUUCAUUCCAAAGGAAUGGUAGUUGAUGACGAGUAUGUAGUCGUGGGAUCUGCCAACAUUAACCAAAGAUCUUUGGAUGGUUCAAGAGACACGGAAAUUGCUAUGGGUGCUUAUCAACCCAAUUAUACAUGGGCUGGAAGGCAGGGUCAUCCACAUGGAGAGGUAUAUGGCUAUCGGAUGUCACUUUGGGCGGAGCACCUAGGCUUCUUGGAGGAUUCAUUCCAAGAACCACAGACAAUUGAGUGUGUUAGCCGCAUAAAUGAUCUGGCUGAACACAACUGGCAGACGUAUGUAUCCCCGGAUAACAGUGCAAUGAAGGGACACCUGCUUAAGUACCCAGUUCAGGUGGAGAGAGAUGGGAAUGUGGGGCCAUUGCCUGGAUUUGAAUUCUUUCCUGAUGUGGGUGGCAAGAUCCUGGGAGCACACAGCACUCUUCCGGAUGCUCUGACCACAUGACGUGGUCUAUCAAUUCAUGGCUGGCUGUUUUGAUCAAAAGGCAAAGUGCAGAGAUUGGGAGCUUGCUGGUGCUGAUUUUCCAAUGUGCGUGAUCUGAGACAGAGAUCAGUCAUAUAGUUUGUAAAAUGAAGAAUCGUGAUCGGGUUAUGGGUCAGUGUCUGUCAGUGAAUGCUGAUUGCCAGACCAAUGACAUGGUGUGAUGCAUGCAAGCCGCACCCACCAAACAUGAACUUUGAUAAUUGAAGAAGAGAUGUGAUACUGAUCCCGUUGGUUUGUUUGUUAUAUACUAAUUGUAUCUGUAUCUUGUGUACCUCAUUUCUUACACGGAAAUUAGAUUUCUCAAAGUGAA